AUUCAGAUAUAAAUAUAAACGAACACUGAAUAUAAAUGUCAGGCAUCUGGAAUUCGCCGAGUGCUCGAGAGCCAUCAAGGCAUCAACACAAUGCCGUCUCGAAACCCCAAAAGAAAAAAAAAUGAAAACAAACCAAAGAAUCAGACAACAUACAAACGGCACGGAAUUGCAGAUCCAUCAGCGCUCGGAAUCACGCAGGAUCUCCGACACCCCACACAGUACGAGCACAACAACAAAGCAAUUUCGCAACGGAACAAAGCAGCAGAGGGCAGAAUCAAGAAACGGGUCGGAUCGGAUCGCGCGGCGCCGGCGCGGUCGUCACAUCUUGGCGAAGGAGGCGGCGGAGCCGGACCGGUCGUAGUAGUGCUCGGGGAGCGCCUGGGGGCGCGAGAGCAUGAGCGGGCGCUCCCUGGCCUCCUCCAGGUCCAGGUCCUCCUCGUCGCCGUCGUCCUCGGCCGUGUGCAGGUGGAUGCAGGCGCACCGCUCCAGCGACGCGAAGAAGGCCGACGCCACCCCCGUCGCCACCCACAUCGCGUACCCCUCCAGCGUCCCGUACGACAGGAUCCCGCCGUUCGGGUUGAUUCCGUUCAUGGCUGCCGCCCGCGGUCGCUCCCCUGCCUGCCCCGCGCCGGCCGAGGAAGAGUCGGGGGAGGUGGUGGCGGUCUCGUCGCUGGGGUGGUUGGUUGGUUGGUUGGCUGGAUUGCCUUGGGUUUCCGGGCUGUUGGGGUUGCUCUCCAAAAUUGGGAGAGGGACGCGGCUGUCGGAAGGAGACGACCCCUCGAGAGUCACGUGUGGGCCCCGCGGGCCGCCCGCCAAGCGGGCGCGGCGGAUAAGCCAGCCGAUAAGGUAGAUAGCGCGCGAGGCUCGAGAGCCGAGAGAGCUCCUCGCUCCGAGUCCGACUCCGCCUCGUCGCCCGCCACCCUCGCUUCUCCCCCAUCCCGAUCCACCUCGCAAGGCCAGCCCGCGCCGCACUGGCAUGGCCUCCUCGUCCUGCCUCGCCUCGCCGGCCGGCGCCGCGGCGCUGAUCUGCCGCGCGCGGCGGCCGAGGCGCCGCGUGGCGUGCUCGGCGAGCGAGAAGAGCGCCGAGCCGGCGUGGCUCGCGGCCGGGGGCAGGAGCGCCGGCGGCCGCCUCGCGUGCGGCGUGCUGGCGGCCUGGGCCGUCGCGUCCGCGUCCAGCCCGGUCAUUGCCGCGAGCCAGAGAUUGCCUCCACUCUCAACUGAGCCAAACAGAUGUGAGCGUGCAUUCGUGGGGAACACAAUUGGUCAGGCAAAUGGGGUGUAUGACAAGCCCCUUGAUCUCCGGUUUUGUGAUUACACGAACGAGAAAACUAAUCUGAAAGGCAAGUCUCUAGCUGCGGCGUUGAUGUCCGAUGCAAAGUUUGAUGGCGCCGACAUGUCUGAAGUUGUCAUGUCCAAAGCUUAUGCUGUUGGCGCAAGCUUCAAAGGAACCAACUUCACGAAUGCAGUGAUAGACCGUGUCAAAUUCGAGAAGGCUGAUCUCACAGGGGCAAUCUUCAAGAAUACAGUCUUGUCAGGAUCGACCUUCGAUGAUGCUAAGAUGGAAGAUGUUGUGUUCGAGGACACAAUCAUCGGCUACAUUGACCUUCAGAAGCUGUGCACAAACACCAGUAUCAGCGCAGACAAUAGAUUAGAGCUGGGGUGUAGGUGAUUCAGCAGAUUCCAUCUAAUCAUCUGCAAUCGUUCAUGUUAAUAUGCUGGUAUCGUUCGAUGAGUGUUCAUGCCUGUCUAUAGAGCCUCCAUGACAAGAUGCGACGAUUUUUCUCCAUGUCUAUGUACAAACAUCUCUGUGUACCUCAAAUAUCAGCAGCAAUGCAACCAUGUUUCUUACACCUUGCGAAGUCAAGCAGUACCAUACAUAAAAAGGAAACAGUGUAUGUUUUCCCCAUAUAUUAUUGUUCUUGUUGUUGUUGUU